AUGGAGACAUAUUCUCAACUAAAUCGUGCUCAGCUCAGUUAUGACUAUCUACAUACCAACUCAACGACACAUGAAUUCCUUUUCGGUGCUAUCGCGGAACUUAUUGAUAAUGCACGUGAUGCAGGAGCAACGGAGUUGGAUAUAUACACAAUUAAAGACAGCUCUGUGCGUGGUAACUUUCUUCUCUGCUUUGCAGACAACGGUUGCGGUAUGACACCAGAUGAUGUGAAAAAUGUCAUAAUUUUCGGAAAGUCUUUAAAGAAGUGUGAGGAUACUGCCGCUAUUGGUAUGUAUGGGAACGGCCUGAAAUCUGGUUCUAUGCGCAUUGGAAACGAUUUAGUUCUGUUUACUAAAAAGGAUGGUAUUUACACCUGUCUAUUUUUAUCAAGGACUUUCCAUGAAGAAGAGAAACUUGAUGAGGUAGUUGUCCCAAUGCCCUCUUUUAGAGGUCCUGAGAAGACUCCUAUCGCAGAGACUCCCGAGGAUAAGAAAAAACAUGACCUCGAAAUGCAUUUAAUCCUGAAGUACUCACCAUUCCGCUGCCUAAAGGAUUUCUAUGCACAGUUCGAUAAACUUAAAGAGAGUUCAGGAACUGUUGUGAUUAUAUAUAACAUGAAACUUCUUGAUCAUGGAGGACCUGAAUUGGAUGUCACUACGAACCCACGUGACAUCCUACUUAGUCCGGGACCAGAACAAGAAGAAACCGUUGAACCUGAUGCUGAGGUUAUGCUCCCACCAGAAAGACGUAGUCUUCGAGCUUAUGUGUCAAUUUUAUAUUCCGAUCCACGUAUGAAAGUAUAUUUACAAGGACGAAAAGUCCAAACUAAACGACUACUAGCAACGUUACAUAGUACUAGAAAAUAUAAUUUUGCAAGCAAAACCUUUCGUACUAGAGCUGAAGCUGACUUAGCAAAAGCUAAGAAUGAUGUGAGAAUAGCGGAACUUAGAGCUCAGGAGGCAGAAAGCAAAGCGAGGGAUUGUGAACUUCGUUACCAAGGUUCUGAGGAUCCCGAACAUUUGCGUCAAAUACGUCGUCUUCGAAACACCGCUGCCGACCUACGCGGAGCUGUAGCGAUGCGACAGAAUGUAGUCACGCGCAAACUAAAAUCAAUCAAGGAUCCGAAAACACUGACAUUUUAUUUUGGUGUAAAUGUUAUGAACCGCGCUUGUGAUGGUAUGUUUGUUUAUAAUUGUUCCCGUCUAAUCAAAAUGUAUCAACGUAUUGGACCACAACAAGAUUCAAGUAUGAUGUGCCGUGGUGUAGUUGGAAUUGUCGAUGUACCCUAUAUGGUUCUUGAACCUACACAUAACAAGCAAGAUUUUGCUGAUGCUAAAGAAUAUCGUCAACUUAUGCGUGCAAUGGCGGAUCAUUUAAUGCAGUAUUGGGAUGACCUUGGGAUUGAUAAAGAACCAGAUAGUUUAAUACGAUUCUGGAAAAGUUUUGGCUACCUAUCAGCACGCUGGAGAGACCCACCUAGUAUAGAGGAAAAAUAUGCCCGUCGUCGCUGUUGUUCUGUCUCCAUUUGUGUUCAGUGUGAUAAAUGCUUAAAAUGGAGAAUACUUCCAUUCUCACAGAGCCUUGUCGGACGGGAUGUUCCAGAUAAUUGGCAAUGUCGUGAUAAUCCAGAUCAUAAACAUAAGAGAUGUGAAGAUCCUGAAGAAGAUAUGAGCCCACCGAUGGGUGUCUUAAAGAGAAAAAUUAAAACUAAGGAACAAAGACAGGCAGAACUCGAAAAACAAAUCCGUAAAAAACAGGAAGAACUUGAACUUAUUCAAGAUCCUGAUGAUGAAAAAGCUGAUGAUUCCAGUGCUACUACUCGUAGUGGUCGCUUAAGUGGCUCUGGGAGUUCAGCUCUCUCAAAAUCUCCUCGUAAACGCCCCCAUCCGCCUCCAGCUAUCUCGGACCUCCCCAACAAACGGUCUACUCAAUCCUCUUCCAUUUCUCGAGCAAUGACUGUUGCGGAUAAAAAACGUCAAGCUGGAUUGUCGUCAUCAAAUGGCCCUGUAUCGUUAUCAUCCCAAAAACGUACUGGUUUACCACUACCUACAAGUAACCAGAGGCAACCACGCCCCAGUGGUCUAGUCCCUAAAGCUCAACAACGGAAUUCAACUACCCCUAAAGGUCGUAAAGUCACAACAGCAGAAAGUGAAAGCAGUGAAGAAGAGACAAGUGAGGAUGACGAAGAAGAAGAUGAUGAUGAAGAAGAGGAAGAAAAAGAAAUCUCUAAAUCUGUUUCUCGUAACAAACAAACUAUAUCAUCCCUUCCAAAAACUAAAAUCAAUACUUCACAAACCCCUGAAAAAAGUCUUCAGAAGACAACUGAUGAAUUAAAUGGCAAACGAUCAACUAAUAAAGAUAAAAGUCCCGCACACGAUUCAGUCACAAUGCAUCAUCGUAAUCGAACUUCGAUAGGUCCAGACAACGGUGAUGCUACAUCUAUAGUAAAUAAGGAUCAAAAUAAAAACAAUGAUUCUACAGGAAAUAAAUCGAAAGAAUUGAAUUCGACAGUUAACUCUUUAUCAUCUGAAGCUAAUAUUGCAAUUCAUAAGAAGAUUCAAGAGAAAUUCAAGGUUUGUCUUCGGUAUUUCCUACCCCCUGAAUGGCCAAUGGAAAAAGACCAAAUUCAUACCCUUACAGAUUCUGAUCUUGCUAGUUUUCCUUUAGAAGACUUCUUCGAUCGCUAUGAACAAGGUCUUCGAUCUCUCUUGGCCACUUUCCAGCAAGAAACCAAAAUAUGCUCUGAUCGAUUAACUGAGUUACGAUUCAAUGUUUGUGAACUAUUGAAAAAAUAUGAUCCUAGCUUCACUGAACCACUGAGCGACGGUGAAGAAGUUGAUAAUUAUAUCAGAAAUUUCCUCAAUAAAGAUUAA